AUGUCAGAAUUUUUGUUAGAAUGCAGUAAUAUCAGUAAAACGUAUCCUGGAGUGAAAGCUCUGGACGAUGUCAGGUUUUCUUUAAAACGUGGCGAAAUUCAUGCUUUAAUUGGAGAAAAUGGCGCUGGAAAAUCCACAUUUAUUAAAAUUCUCUCAGGAGUUGAAAAGCCCGACAAAGGAGCCAUAAUUCAUUUAUCUGGAGAGAAACUGGAUUCACUUACUCCGUUUCAGGCAAUUCAAAAAGGUGUUUCUGUUAUAUAUCAGGAUCUUUCUUUGCUUGGUAAUCUUAGUGCUGGUGAAAAUAUUUUUUUAGGACAUCUGCUGGGGAAAAGGUCCUUCUGGGUAAACUGGAAGAAAUUACAUCGGGAUGCAGCCCGGUGCCUGGCAGAAAUAUCGUUGGAUAUAAAUCCUGAGGUCCUGAUAGAACAACUGCCAGUAGGGAAACAGCAGUUAGUCGCGAUAUCAAGAGCUCUCCUGCUGGACACUGCGGUUCUGAUUAUGGAUGAGCCAACUUCCGCACUGUCCGGCAAAGAAGUAGAAGAUCUGUUUCAGGUGAUGUUCAAGUUAAAAAAUCAAGGGAUAUCGAUUAUCUUUAUCAGCCAUAAACUUGAUGAACUGUUCCGAGCCUGUGAUCGCUUCACUAUAUUCCGUGAUGGCUGCUAUAUGGGAUCAUUCUGCAAAUCUGAAUUGACAGAAAAGCGCUUGAUUCAAUUAAUGGUUGGCCGAGAUAUAGAAUACUUUAUCCACCCGAAACGGGAUAAAAGCAGUGAAAAGCCAGUUUUGACAGUAAGGAAUUUUACGAAGAGAAAAAAUUUUUCAGAUAUUUCUUUUGACCUGUAUCGUGGAGAGAUACUGGGAUUUUAUGGUAUGAUAGGGGCUGGGCGUACUGAAUUGAUGCAGGCGGUAUUCGGAGCAGAAAAGACGGAUUCUGGUUCAAUACGGGUCAAUGGAGAAGUUGUACGCAUAACAUCACCCGUGAAAGCCAGAGAACUGAGCAUCUCCUGUGUUCCUGAAGACAGACUGAACGAAGGGCUGUUUCUGCUGCGCAGCAUGCAUGAUAAUUUAAUUAUCACUUCUCCAUUUAUCUGUAAAUUACGGUGGAGAAAUCACUGGAAAGAACAGCAGCUGGUCAGGGAACAGGUUGAGCAGCUGCGAAUUACACCGCAGCUGCCGGAGCUGCCGGUAGAAAAGCUUUCCGGUGGAAAUAAACAGAAAGUCGUUAUGGGUAAAUGGCUGGCCAUCAAUCCCAUGAUUAUGAUCAUUGAUGAGCCGACUAAUGGCAUUGAUAUUGGUGCAAAAACAGAAAUACACAAUUUAUUGCGAAGAUUAAGUGAGGAGGGUGUCAGUAUCAUUAUUGUCUCCUCUGAUAUGAAUGAAAUUAUUUCAAUAGUUGAUAGACUGGCGAUAAUGAGACGGGGUCGAAUAUCAAAAAUUCUGACCGGGGCAGAAAUUGAUCAGAAGAAUAUCAUACAACAUGCUGUAACUGGAUUACAGGAAACAGGUAAUGGGAACUGGAUUACUGGAUUUCCUGACAGUUUUAUUCAAUUUGGACAAUAUCGUAUGUUCAGUCAGUUGCAUGGCCUGCCGGUUCAGUGCCUGUUUGUCAUAGUAGCUUUGUUAUUCAGUUUUACAAUAUUAAAAUAUACCACACCGGGCAGAAGUAUUUAUGCCAUCGGAGAAAAUAGAAUCAGCGCUGAGCGCUUUGGCAUUGAUAUUUCAAGAGUGCUGCUGUUUGCAUAUUUCUGUCAGGGUUUGUUACAGGGACUGGCAGCGUUUGUCCAUACAUCCAUAGUAGGCCAGUCAGAUCCCAAUGCAUUUAUCGGUUUUGAACUGGAAGUAAUUGCCGCAGUAGUGAUAGGGGGUGCGGGGAUCAAUGGCGGGAGAGGGCGCGUGCGAAAUGUUGUUGUGGGAACAUUAUUUAUAGCGGUGAUGAACAAUGGCCUGACUCUGGGGCGUAUACCUGUGUUCUGGCAAAAAAUACUCCUGGGUAUCACUAUUAUUUUUUCCGUAACGGUGGAUCAGUUAUCCAGUUCUUUAAGAGCAGCGGACGCAUCCCGGAUUGAUGUGGAGCAGGAAAGAUGA